AUAUUUGGUGUGAAAAGUAAUUACACGCUCGUUGAUUUUCCCUCCAAAAUCUAUCCACGCUGCCAACCUGAGAAGCCAUUCCAGCUUUUCAUCUCUGUAGAAACUCCGGCGAAAAGCUCCACCGUUAUCCAUGCUCUCCGUCUCUCAUGACCAUCUCACUCCGACCCAUAUUGGGUCGUCUCCUUCAGGUCGCUUCUCUGUCUCCACCGAAUCUGAGAUGGGUCUCUUCUGCUGCAGCCACUGCAACAUAUCCCCAUCUGCAAGACCAUCUCCUCACAUUCUUCAAUGCCGGAAACACCCGCGAACGAGGGUACGACCGCGAGCUGGCCCUCGUGUCGGCCCUCAAGUCCUGCGCCUCUCCCUCGGCCGCUUCUCAGGGUCGUCAACUCCACCCCCUCGUCCUCAAAUCGGGGCUUCUCGCCAACUCCUUUGUACGUAAUAGCUUGACUAACGUGUACGCAAAGUGCGGCUUGAUGGGCGAGGCUGGGAUUUUGUUUGGUUCUUGUGGCGACUCUGAUGUUGUUUGCUGCAAUAUAAUGAUUGGUGGGUACGUGAAAUCUGGCCGUUUGCGGGAUGCUUUCCAAGUGUUUGAGAAAAUGACGAUUAAAGAGUGUGUUUCGUAUACGACUAUGAUAAUGGGGUUUGCGCAGAAUAAGUUUUGGGGGGAGGCGAUCAAGGUCUUCAAGGAUAUGUGGGUUGCUAAUGUCGUGCCUAAUGAGGCGACUUUGGCGAGUGUCAUCCCGGCUUGCUCGCAUUCUGGGGAACUAUGGAACUGUGGAAUGCUUCAUGCUUUGGCGAUUAAAUUACUACUUGACAGUAGCAUUAUUGUAUCGACGAAUUUGUUGCACAUGUAUUGUAUUUGUUCGAGCAUAGAGGAAGCGAGCAGGUUAUUCGAGGAGAUGCCUGAAAAGAAUGUAGUUACGUGGAAUGUGAUGUUGAACGGAUAUUCGAAGGCAGGACUCGUUGAUUUGGCUGGACAACUGUUCGAGAAGAUUCCGAGUAAAGAUGUGGUUUCUUGGGGUACAUUGAUCGAUAGUUAUUUGCGAGUGCAGAGGUUAACUGAAGCAUUGAUCAUGUGCCGUGAAAUGCUUCGGUAUGGAUUGAGGCCGAAUGAUGUGAUGCUCGUUGAUUUGGUUUCAGCCUGUGCUAGAUCGAUGCUAGCUGUGGAGGGGCAGCAACUUCAUAAUUUGAUAGUGAGAUGUGGUUUUGACUGUUGUGACUUUGUCCAGGCAACGGUGAUCCAUUUCUAUGCAGCUUGUGGCAGGAUCGACCUAGCUCGCCUGCAAUUCGAGACUGGGUCGAAGGACCACCUUGCAUCUCUGAAUGCCCUCAUUGCAGGAUUUGUAAGAAAUGGAAUGAUUGACCAGGCUAGGCAGAUGUUCAACCAGAUGUCAGAAAGGGAUGUCUUCUCAUGGACCACCAUGAUUUCUUGUUAUGCACAGCAGGAGCAGCCAAAUAUGGCUCUUGAACUCUUUCACAAGAUGGCCGCAAGUGGGCUCUGCCCUAAUGAAGUAACAAUGGCGAGCGUCUUCUCUGCUAUUGCUGCUUUGGGUUCCCUGGAAGAAGGAUCACGGGCUCAUGAAUAUGUACAAAAGAACUCCAUUCCUCUCAAUGAGAAUUUGAGUGCAUCAAUGAUUGACAUGUAUGCAAAGUGCGGUAGCAUCAGUUCUGCCCUGGAAGUGUUUCAUCAAGUUCGAGACAAAGGUCAGGAUGUGUCACCAUGGAAUGCAAUUAUAUGUGGGUUGGCGAUGCAUGGACAUGCAAAUCUGUCUCUUGCAAUAUUCUCCAACUUGCAGAAACGAAACAUCAGUCCUAAUUCAAUUACAUUUAUUGGAGCCCUAACUGCAUGUUGCCACGCGGGCCUAGUUGAGGAAGGGAAGAAAAUCUUUAGAAGCAUGAAGGUUUUGGAUGAUGUCGAUCCAGAUGUUAAGCACUAUGGUUGUAUGGUGGACAUAUUAGGUAGAGCUGGGAGAAUACAAGAAGCUGCAGAAUUGAUUAGGACCAUGCCCGUGGAAGCAGAUGCUGCAGUAUGGGGUGCACUUUUGUCAGCGUGCAGAACACAUGGGAAUGUGGACAUAGGAGAGUGGGCUGCACAGAGUUUGGAAAAUUUGCAACCAACUCAUGGGCCUUGUAGGGUUCUUCUAUCAAACAUAUAUGCAGACGUAGGGAGGUGGCAUGAUGCCUUUUCAGCAAGAACAGUUAUUCACAGUCGAGGACUGAAGAGGUUGCCGGGUUGUAGUGGUGUUGGGUGAUUCCACAGCUGCUUCUAUCUGUUGAGAUACAGCCGGAUUCAUGGGUUUUCUUUGCCCCCCUAAACGUAACAGUCAUUAGUGACUAGGUCCAGUACACAUGGCAUCAACUCAUGCAGGACCCACAAUUUUCAUUGCCUGGUAUAGAUUUCACAUGUGGCUUCAAGCAAGUGUUUAAUGUAAAAGUAGGUCUUGAGAGGGGAGAGGCAUCACAUGGUUCACAGCUCAAUUGGAAACAUUCACUCAAGAAUUCAAUGCUCACAGUCCCGCUAUGCUUAUAUUUCCAUGAUUGACGCGCUAAAGAAAGGCAUCAGAUGUGCAUUGCUUGUCAUGCCGUGGAAUUUCAAAGACGUGCAAAGGCAAUCCAUCUCAGCUACUUAUUGCCUUCUCGCUUAGUUAUCUUGUCAGCACAGUUCACGUAGAGUGCAUUCUACUGGUGACCUGCACAUCCCAUAGUCCUUGCGAUGCCAGCAUCGUCACUCUAAUGAGCUGGCUCAGUUCCAAACACUGAAGAGCUUAAGGAUCUCUCCUUCUCUGAGAGGAGUAUUGCAACGGCACAUGUGUUUUUGCUGGUCACUAUGGCAGUGUUCUUUUUCCUUGCUUUGGCGGUCGAACACCCUGCCUCUGACUCUAGCACCCCAUUCCCUAACCCUAUAGCCAACUCGCUGAGCACAUAAUGGUUCUAGCUAUGGCAAAGUUAAAGCUUUUGGAAACAGUCAUCUCUCAGGUAUAGAGGCCCAAACAUCAACCGAAUCAAGAAACUACCUGAAUACACCUGUGCCGGAAGGGCUGAUCUUUUGAGUGAGGGAAACCGGAGUAUUGCCAACAGAGAAGGGAAACCGGUCUGGAUCGGUUUGGUAUGAAUUUCCGAUUAUGUUGAGCAUAUCUGGACAUGAAUUGCAGGGUAUCUGAUGAUAGGAGAAUCUAGAAAGACGUCUGUCUUAUUAUCAUAUUUGGAGUGCAGGUUUACUUAAUCAUCUAAUCUUGAGAUCCAAAAUUGCAGACAUUCACAUCUCAAAUCAAUUUUCUCCGCAUGAAGUGAACUUUGGUUUCCAAAAUAUCUGCGAUGAGCUGUCUUAAAAUGUUUCUAUUUCUUUACUUCCCUUUGACUAU